AUGAAGUGGUCGAGAAAGAAAUCCUCAUCUCUGUUCACUCGCGUCAUCUCCAAAUUCAAGCGAAUUUCUUCCAAAAACGCCAAGAAUCAUAAUUCUACAGUGCGCGACUUUCCCUCUCCGAGCUCAUCCUUCUAUACAGAAGGGAGAUUCUGCAGCAUGUACAAAGACGACAGGUACUGGAGAAUCUCCUUCAGCGACAACAGAAUCCACAACCCCAUCUGGCUAGACUCCGACGUCUUUUCCGGCUUCGGAUCGGCUGAGCCUCCCAGGAAGAAUUUCAGCGAGAUGGUUUCCGAUAUAAAGCGGAUGAGAGACAGAGAAAGGAGAGGGUUCAAAAUUGGAGGAGAGACAGAGAUUCCUCCGAAGGAAUCGGAAGAUUCUAGAAACUGUCGGGUGCACACGAGCCGGUUCAGGAACAUAAAGGUCAAACCCGAACCUAAACCCGAGGCCCGGGUGAGAAGAACGAGGGAAAAUGUUAGGGCAAUCAAGGCGUACUCUCCGAGAACCGAGUGCAAGAUCAGGGUUCUUGAGGAGAUACGUAGAUCGAGGACAAAUGCCAAGAAGAGGGUUGCCAAGGAGCGGGUGGUGGAGGGGAACACGGUUUUUGAUGGCUUUGUGGUGGUCAAGAAGAGGUCGCUCGAUCCGCAUCGAGAUUUCAAGGAUUCCAUGAUUGACAUGAUUUGGGAGAAGGGGAUAGGGCAUCCUGACGAUCUCGAGGAAUGGCUGGCUUGUUAUUUGACGUAUAAUUCUGACGAAUAUCAUGAUUUGAUCAUCAGCGUAUUCAGACAGGUUUGGGUCGAGCUUGGAAUUAGGAGUUGA